AUGAUCUACUUGCUGCAAACUGUGAUUGGGGUACUGGGCAAUUCCUCUCUUCUCUACCAUUUUCUGUUUCUUUACUUCACUGGGUGCAGGUUAAGGCCCAUAAACCUGAUCCUUAAGCACUUGAUUGGAGCCAACCUCUUAAGUCUCCUGUGUAAAGGAGUGCCCUACACAGUGGUAGCUUUUGGUGGGCAAGUUUCCCCUGGUGAUGUGGGCUGCAAACUUCUGUUCUACCUGCACAGAGUGGGCAGGGGUGUGUCCAUUGGCAGCAUCUGUUUCCUGAGUGUCUUCCAGGCCAUCGUCAUCAGCUCCAGGGAGGCCAGGUGGGCCAAUCUGAAAGGGAAAGUUUCCAAGAAUGUGGGCUUCUUCUUAUGCCCUAUAUGGGUCCUGUACAGCCUUGUAAAUGUUAUUUUUCUUAUAUACAUCACUGGGAGCAGACACAAGGAAAACAUCACAAACCUACAAGAUUUUGGAUACUGUUAUUCUAUUCAUCAUGACAAACAUGCACAGUUAUUGCACGCAGUCUUGCUGUCCCUCCCUGAUGCUCUGUGUUUGGAGCUCAUGCUCUGGGCCAGCAGCUCCAUGGUUUUCACCCUGUACAGGCACAAGCAGCAGAUGAGAUACAUGCAUAGAACUAAUGUCAGCCCCAGUUCUUCUCCUGAGUCCAGAGCAACCAAAACCAUCCUUCUCUUGGUCAGUACCUAUGUCUGUUUUUACACACUCUCCUGUAUCUUUCAAGUUUACCUGUCUCUUACGUAUAAUCCCAGCUGGUAUUUGGUGAGCACAACUGCAAUUGUGUCAGUAUGUUUCCCAAGUGUCAGCCCCUUUCUGCUGAUGAGCAGUGACACCAAUGCAUGCAGGUCCUGUUUUGCCUGUGUAAGAAAUAAAAAUAGCCCUGAUCUGUUGAAGAACAUGUGGAAAGUUCUGCUUCUCUUGGCAAAAGGAAGAAACCUUUUUCCAGGAGGAUUUCACUGCUGUGUACAACCUUCCCAAGUGCCUGUCCCAGCUCCGCACCUCCGGGGCCUCCAGCCGCUAGGUGGCGCCGCACCAGCUCCAGCGCUCACCCCGCCUUGUGGCGUUUUCUCGCGGGAAUUUGAGGGAGCGUGGUUCGGGCUCUACCUCCCGAGCAACCUAAGCUCCAAGCUGCGUACUGGACAAGGUAAGGAACCCAGGAAGGAGUCCAGUGUUAACUCCUGGUUAAAGUUAAGGAAGCCCGGGCUUGGACGCCAAGAAACAUGGGGUUUCGCACCCCAGGUUCCCCGCGCCCCGCGCCCUGCAGGAACUUCCGCCCCUUCCCUGGCAUCUUCGUCCAAGUCCGGGUGCGUCUUCCCGGCAUGCGGCAUUAUGGUUCCGCUCUGCACAAAAUCGCCCUGCGCCUUUCUCCUGUCCCCGUGCACACCCAGCGAAGUGGCCGAGCAGCACACUUUGCCUCUUGAGUGCUGCAAGCAGGAGCCCCAGAGCUUGGCGAGCCCCUCUGUGCCGCCUGACCCCCAACGCUGGCAGUGCCCGACCCCGUUCUGUGCCCGGAAGCCGGGGUGUGCUGGAGAAGCUGGAGCUGGGGAAGCGCUAGAAGAUUCAGAAAGAGAGGUUUACCUGUGA